GCCAAGAUGAAGUAGUUGUGUUGCUACAGAAACAGCUAAGUUAUUUGGAAUCUGUGCAUGCUUCUUGCCUUGAAGAUGCACAACAUCAUCACCUCAGGAUUGCAAAUCUUGAACAAGAAUUGACACACUUACAGGACAUAUGCCACAAGCAAGAAGAAGAAAAAGUAAAGUUACAGGAACUGAUUGUAAAUAAGAAGAAUAAUGAAAAUGAAGGGAUAAGCAAACUUCUAAUGAAAGAUGAGGAACAAGAGUUGUUUUCUGCUUCUGAAAAUCCCUGUCUCAGUUUUAAUAGUACAGAAAUUGAAAAGGAAAAACUUAAAAAUGAAGUCAAGUUGUUGGAGGAGGCAAAUACAGAGCUAAGACAAAGACUAAGUGAGAUCAAUGAAAAAUAUUUGAAGCUGCUUGAAGAAAAUGCUCAUCUCAAUACAAAAAUGGAAACAAAAGCUGACAGCAAGAAAAAUUUUCCAAUGGAGGCUGGUACAGUGUACGUUUAUGGCCCACAAGAAUUUAAAAUUGUUAUUAAGAAUGAAUUUGCCAGUUUGUUUAAUUUAAAAGAUCAUCUCAAAAUACUUGCUGAAAAAUUUGAAGACAUCAGUGCCACUGGAACAGAAAUGAUGAAGAGUGCUGUACAGGGAGAUCUGAAAAGAGCUGUACAUACACUCAUUUCAUCUUGUGGAAAUGUGGAAGCCAUUAUCUCAAAAUACAGUCCAAUAUUUAGGGAUAUAAAAGACUGUGUGGAAGACUUGACUGUGGAUACUGAAGAAAGAUGCUCAAAAGAAAAUGAAAAAAUAUGUUUUGAUGGUAAAAAUGUGUUUGACAGGAAAGAGGAUUUGAUUUUUGAAAGAAGUGAUUUGGGAGACAGAGAAUUGCAGGCCCAACAAAAUACUGAAACUCUAAAGAAUGAGUUUGUAGCACAUCUUAUAGAACUGAAGGAGCUCACAGAAAUUCAUGACUCAGAAAUAUAUAACAUACUUCAAAAAUUAAUUCAGUCUGAUGAACUGAGCAACUCUUUACCAGAGCUUAUCUCAAAUCUUGAAAGUCUUAAAGAAAAAAGUAGUGCUCUCUGUCUACAAGUGGAGUGUGUUAUUGACCUGCUGCACAUGAACAAUGAAAAUCUGUUGAAUUUAUUUGUUCAUGAUCUUGGUAUAAAAGAAAAAUAUUCUUUAAAAGAAUCAUGCAAUUCCUUAGAAAUACAAGUAUGUUCUGACCAGUCUGCACAUGAAUUUGACAAAGAUAUUAAGGUCAGUCCAGAAAGGAAUUUCACUGUUGCAGAAACUGUCAUGUCUCAAAAUGAAUUUCCUAAAAAUAUUUCUAUCAUUACAAAUGACUGUGUAAAGGAAGGAGAUAUGGAAAACAUUGUCUGUUCAAGGGAAAUGGAUGGAAAUGAACCACGAUGUGUGCCUAGUGAUGUGCUUUUGAACAUUUUCAAAGAAAAUCUGCAUUUAAAAACACAACUGGCAGUUACAAAACAGCUACUUACGAGACAAUUACCAGAAUAUAAUAUAGACUCAGCAUCACAAUAUUCACCAAUCACUAACGAAGAAAAAUCUUUAAAUGAUAUAAUUGCAGAGAAUGCUAGUUUAAGAUGUGAACUUCAAAAGGCAAAAUUUGAAUUUGAAGAGCUAGAGAAAGAAUUAAAAGAGAUGAUGUUACAAAAAUGUACGCAACCCUUGAUAACAGACCUAAAUGAAAAAGAGAAACUGCAAAAUGUUACAUUUCCAACCAAGGAUUUAAAAUCUGAUAAAGAUGUUGAAUCUGAUGGAGACUUGUCAUCUUCUGAAAAUGUAAGAACAUCUUUUUCACUGCAUAUUUUAACUGAUGCACCAGAUCUACAGAAAAAGCCUCUUGUAUCACAUGAUAAAUGUGUUGCACCUGAAUCCUCCAUCAUAACGGAUAUUGGGAAUGAUAUACCCCUGCAACACUCAGAAGGAUGUCAUAACGAGAAUAAUGCUCACAAACCAGAAAUGGUUCAGCAGACUGUGCUCAAACCCACAGUCUGCGAAGUAGCUACAGCUGAAGUACACUCUGAAACACAGAUAAGUAAAGUUGCUCCAGAUUUAAUCAGCAGGGAGAAUACUAUUGAUGGUGUCAUGCCUGAAGAAUGCACCAAAAGGUGCAAUUAUUCUCAAUCAUUUGAAGUGAAAGAUUGUGGAAACAUGAAAUUACAUGAGCAACAGAUAUCAGAUAUUGGUGAAGAAAUGUUUGUUGCAGUUAGUAGUUCAAAGCAAAUUGAAACUGGAAAUAAUAUUUUCAACAAAAGUAAUAAGAUAAUAGUAGAUGGUUCUGAUUGUACACAAUUAUCAAACCUCAACAAUGUGGUAAAAUAUCAUUGUAAUGAUUUACUUGUACAAGCAAAACAUGAAGAAAGUGAUAAUGAACAAUCAAACAUCUGUUCUUUGAAGAAGGUGAUAGAUUCAGAGACAGAUGCAAGCCUUACAUGUAAAGAUAUAGGAACUGCGAACUUUCAUGAUACAGUAAAAUGUCAUUAUAAUGAUUUACCAGUACACACAAAACAUGAAGAAAGUGAUGAUGAACAAUCAAACAGUGUCUCUUCUUCAAAGAAGACAAUAGAUUCAAAGAUAAAUGCAAGCUCCACAUCUAAAGGUAGAGAAACUGUGAACCUUAAUGAUGCAGUGAAAUAUCAUUAUAGUGAUUUUCCAGUACAAGCAAAACAUGAAGGAAGUGAUGAUGAAAAAUCAGACAGCAUCUCUACUUCAAAUAAUGCAGUAGAAGCAGAGAUAAAUGCAAGCCCCACAUGUAAAUUUACAGGAACUAUAAAUCUAAAUAAAGUCAGCUGUAAACAUUCAAAUAAAAAUGGGACUGAAAACAAUGAACCACAGUUUUGUACCCAAAAUGAACAGAUAUGUAAAGCUUCAGCUAGUCACUGCAAUUCUCAGCUGUUUGCUCAAGACCACUCUUACCCUGAAACAAACAUAAAUGCAACAAGAAACCACAAUAUGUCAUAUUAUGAUACUUCUGAGUGUAGUGAUAUUGUGGAGAAUGAUCUUUUUAAAACUUCUCAAAAUCCUAAAGGAUACAACACUGUUCGACUUGGGAUAUCAGAAAAUGAUUGUAACAGUAACCAAAAUACCAUAGCUAGCACUUCUUACUACAGAGGCUUUAAAAGUGGAGCAGAUGGUAUUUGUGGUGAUAAAGCUAGUCAGAGUAGCUUAAAUACUGGAAACAAAUGUCUUGGCUUUUCAGCUACUGCCAAUGGUAGUAAAUGUGCGAGGAAGAAAGUUGUUAAUGGCACAAAAAAUUCAAAAACUGAAAGUGGCAUAACAGCUGAAAUGACUGUUUACAACAAAUCAGGUAGUUAUAGUAAAGCUGUUGGUAAACAGCAGGGAAUAGCUUCCUCCAGAAACCCAAAAUUUUAUCCUGAUCGUGAAGCUGGAAAAAGAAAUGUACAUUUCUAUCAUAAGUUUUCAAAAAUGGGUGUUGAUGGAAGUGAUUCAUUGGAAACAUCCACAACAGGUGGUAGUUCAGAUACAGAAUCAGAAUAUCCACCAAAAAAUUGUAACUUUAAACAAAAAAAUCCUGUAGAAGGACAGGAAAAUGAGUGUGGGUCUCUGGAUAGUCCAAGUUCAGAUUCUACUCUCUGUCAUGAAGACACAGAAACAGAAGAAUCAUGUGAAAAAAAUGAAAAUUUUAAGUUUCAUACUACCAAAGUAAGAAGGGGUACUUCUUCAAACAAUAAAACCCUAGAAAAGGGAAACUACAUGUCAAAAUUCACAACAAUUUCCGAAGAUUUCACCAAGCCUUAUCAGAAAUGUUAUCUUAAAGAGCACCACCAGGCUGAGAUGAAGGAGAAAGCAUCAUUUAAUUAUUCUAGUUCAGAGACUUGUUCCUCAUCUUCUGUAUCUAAAGGAAAACAGUGUCACAUGAAUUCAAAAAGAGACAUGUAUUCUGGAAGACAGAGCCGGAUUCCCACUUACAUUAAACCAUUUGGACGCCGAUCAAGUACAAAUUCAGUCAAUGUUAAUAAUCAAUGCUCCAAAACAGAUAAUCAAAACUGUUUGUUAAAACUGAACAAAACCUUUAGUGAAAGGAAUAUCUCAGAGUACACAAAAGACAGCAACCUUGGAAACAAAAUGAAAUGUAAUAAGAAUGCAUCAAAAAAUGCAUCAACAGGAAGUAACAGUCAUUUGCAAAGUGAGCUCCAGACUGAAAGAGAGAAAGUGAGGAAGCAUGCAGUGUGCAUCCGGAGACUCAAGUCAGAGCUACAGUUAAUGAAAAACAGCAUGGUGGAGUACAAGAAACCACUGGUGCUGGGACACAAUUCACAAUUGUCCAGGCAGAGAAACAGUAGUGUCAGUGCACCUCAUAGCCCACACCAUUAUAGUUUUACUGCAGCAGAAUUUCAGAAACAGGUAAAUGAGCUGGAACAGAAGGUUAAUGAAGAGCAUGCUUUGAGGUUUUCCCUUGAAGUUCAAGUUAACAAAAUGAGAUAUGAAUUACAGGAAAAAUUUAAUAUAGAAAAGGAAUUGAUGCUGCUUCAGAAUAAGUUGGAGAAUGAUUUUGUUUCCAAGACAGAAAUGGAUGCAGUAAAAAGGAAUUAUGAAGCUGCUUUGGCUAAAGCAAGACAAGAUGCAGAGCUAUCAGUGUAUGAUGAUCUGAGACAUAAAUUACAUCAGAUAAAUAUUUUCAUUGAAAAACAGGCACAAGAACAAGCUAACAUUACACAUUUACAAAACAUAAAUGAAAGUCAAAUGCAGCAGGAAUUCAAAGAAAUAAGUUUGAAAAUCUUGUCAGACUUUGCCAAAGUUCAAGCCACGCUACAGGAAAAGGAUGAAAAAGAAAAAGAAUUAAAGGAAAAGUAUGAAAAACUUAUAAAAGAAUGUGAGAAAGAGCAAGAAGUACAAAGGAAGAAACUGAUUGAAAAAUCUUACAGUGUGAACUUGACACCAUACAUGAAUAAGAAGGUAAAGGAUGUGAACUCAAAGAGCUGCAUGUUGGAUAUAAGUUCUUCACAACGCUCUUCUUCACUGCAGUCAUUAUGCGCUCGACACUCAACUUUACCCGUAGUAGCUGUUCCUCAUAGCUCAAAUAGCCCAUGGGUGCCAGAUAAUGCUCUGAACUACAUCCUACAUAGAGAGAUGGAGGACAGCAUCAGCAAAAAUUCAUCAUCUGAUGAUGCAGCCAUCCAGUCCAGUACCAACAAGCCUCUGUCUGCAACUGAAGAGCAACUGGAAAUUCUAAGAUUAAAGUACUUUGUCUAUUAGAUUUGUUAUUGCAAAAUGUGUCUGGGCUGACAAAUCAAUCACUUCUAGAUGACUGUGUUAUUAAAGUUUGCAGUUUAUGAAAAGCUUCCAAAAAAUUGUUUUAGUAAGACAUUGUGUAAACACUGUUUUCACUGUGAUGAAAAUAAUCCAAAUUUUAAUUGAAUGUUAUCAGUACUUUGUAUUCAGAUCUGAUCAUAAAACCUACAAUGAACAGAUUAGAAAUACAUUACUGGCACUUCUUUGCAAUCCAUAUUUAUUGUUCUAUAUCAAAUUUUGUCAAUUGUUACCUGCU